GAACGUAAAAGUAACCGAAGAGGUUACGCCGUGACGUGACAUUGAGCGUUUCGGGAGGUUCGCUUCAGCUGAUCCCGUUACAUUUAGAAAGAUGGCCAGUAGUCCUGCUUAGGGGCUGAGGUUCUUUCUCUUAUCUAAAGACAAAAUACGUUGUAAGCAAACGUGGAGAGACAAAGGCGUUGAAAAGAAACGGAAGAAGUAUGACUAGAUUGCCAUAACUCUUUAAAAUGGCCAUACGGGAAUUAAAAGUGUGUCUUCUGGGAGAUACAGGAGUGGGCAAGUCUAGUAUUGUAUGUCGUUUUGUACAAGACCAUUUCGACCACAACGUCAGUCCAACGAUAGGGGCAUCGUUUUUAACCAAGACGGUCCCGUGUGGACACGAACUACACAAGUUCCUCAUCUGGGACACAGGGGGACAGGAAAGGUUCCACUCGCUGGCUCCCAUGUACUACCGAGGCUCUGCCGCCGCUGUCAUAGUCUAUGACAUCACCAAACUGGACUCUUUCCAGACACUGAAGAAAUGGGUGAAGGAGUUGAAGGAGCACGGUCCUGAGGACAUCAUUGUAGCCUUGGCAGGGAACAAGAAAGAUUUGGGGGACAUCAGGGAAGUUCCUAUGAAGGAAGCUAAGGACUUUGCUGAGUCUAUUGCAGCAAUCUUCAUGGAGACCAGCGCCAGAAACGCUGUCAAUGUGGAGGAGCUCUUUCAGAAGAUCAGUAAACAGAUUCCGCCUCUGGAGAAUCCAGACGUUGACAGCAACGAGUCCUUCAAGUUAACCCGGCAUCCAUCUAACAAACUCUGCUGCUAGUAAGACUACUGCUGAGUCCCAAAUAGACCCCGAGCACCCUGCCCUCGCCUAGACCAUAGCACCCUACCCCCCCCCCCCCCCCCCCCCUAACACAGAGUCACUGCUCUCGAUUGGACAGGUGCAUGAUCCACCUAUCUAGCUUAUCUGACGUCAACUUGGAGAUCUCAACACGUUUCCUCUUGGAUCUACAUGAAGGUUUAGGGAGUAAGGAGUCGGUUCAGAAUUCAGCAUCAGAUUUGCCAGUGAGAUUAUCACUGUCCUUGGUUCCACACACACAAGGCUGCAUGGAUCACAGGGUCCACAAUGCGACAUUGUAGUACACUGCUGCGUGGAUUCAACUACUCAUUGUCCACCUCCACACAGUCCACCAUACAUAUACAGUGCAUUGGUCUCAGGGGAGAGGAGGAGGACAACAUGGCUUUGGCUUGUGAUAGAUCAGACCCUCUCACCUGUUGCAUAUUAACCAGCAUUCCAGGACCAGAAACCACCCCUAUAACCCAUAGAAAGAUGCAGUAACCCAUAUAAGGAUACAGUAACCCAUAGAAAGAUGCAGUAACCCAUAGAAAGAUGCAGUAACCCAUAGAAAGAUGCAGUAACCCAUAUAAGGAUACAGAAACCCAUAUAAGGAUACAGUAACCCAUAUAAGGAUACAGUAACCCAUAAGGAUACAGUAACUCAUAGAAGGAUACAGUAACCCAUAGAAAGAUGCAGUAACCCAUAUAAGGAUACAGAAACCCAUAUAAGAAUACAGUAACUCAUAGAAGGAUUCAGUAACCCAUAUAAGGAUACAGUAACCCAUAUAAGGAUACAGAAACCCAUAUAAGGAUACAGUAACCCAUAUAAGGAUACAGUAACCCAUAUAAGGAUACAGUAACUCAUAGAAGGAUACAGUAACCCAUAGAAAGAUGCAGUAACCCAUAUAAGGAUACAGUAGGUGGACAUUUUGCCAUAUUGCUUAUACCUAUCCAAUCCUCCUCUCAGAUUGACUCCAGUGCCUUGGUAAGAUGUGUUGUAAGUGUCGUUUCUGGACUGGGCCUGUGUGUGCUGACUCAGGAGGGGAACCAGUUUGUCGCCCUCUAGUGUUUUUGGUAAGAGAUUAACAUCAGAAAAUGGAUCCUGUUAAACAGAAUUUAAAGGAGAACUGCGCUUCCUGAUUUGGCCACGAUUUCAUCAAUUCUCAUUAAGAAAUGCUAGAGGCCAUGACUGUAGGUAGACAAACUGUUGUCACAAAGUUGGAAGCACAGAAUCGUCUAGAAUGUCAUUGUUAUGCUGUAACGUUAGGAUUUCCCUUCACUGGAACGAAGGGGCCCGAACCAUGAAAAACAGACCCAGACCAUUAUUCCUCCUCCGCCAAACUUUAAAGUUGACACUAUGCAUUCGGGCAGGUAGUGUUCUCCUGGCAUCCGCCAAAUCCAGAUUUGUUCAUCGGACUGCCAGAUGGUGAAGCGUGAUUCAUCACUACAGAGAAUGUGUUUCCACUGCUCCAGAGUCCAAUAGCGGCGAGCUUUACACCACUCCAGCCGACGCUUGGCAUUACGCAUGGUGAUCUUAGGUUUCUGUGCGUCUGCAAAAAAGGGGGCAUGAAUUGUUGACGUGAUUGUUAUCCAAACCCUCAAGUAAAGUCAUGACUCAGUCAUUUACCAAACUCUUGUUUUGGAUGAGACUGACUUUAUGACCAAAAAUUAUUCUAUUUUAAACAUUGUAGUCAAUUUGGACAUCUUUUUUUUUGUAGAAAUGAGAGAUUCUGACUCAUAGUGAUGUCAUAAUGGCUGUUUUAAAAAUGGAGGGAUUAGUUCUAAGGGUCAGUUGACCUUUAAAAAAAACAAUAGACACAGAGACUUUUAUACAUGGUAGGUGUACGCCUACUGGGAUAUGUUUUUAAUUCAUAUUCAGCAGCACAAUAUAUAUUUUUUAAACAUUUUAAUCCUGAAAAUCGAAACAUGUUAGUAGAUCUCAUCUCUAACGCGCUGUUCUUGAACAUUUGGAUAAAUUGCGCAAAUAUUGAAUAAUCUAGUUGAGUUUAAUGACGUUUCUUAAAAUGACACAAAAUACGAAGCAGACUAGAGAUUACGUUCUGAAUUCUUAUACGAUAUAGAGAUUACAAUCCAAAUUCUCAUUAACCGAAUAUGCAGUCAACAGUUGAGCAGAUCCAGUGAUUGCAUUGUUGCCUUGUGGCUCCGGGAAUCGCGUAGAUCAAUACAUAGAAUCUCUUUGUAGCUGCCGACAUUGAUAUCGAUUGCAUGAAUUUGGUUUCGCCAACUUUUUCCCAUCGAUUGCUGGUAUAGAAUAUGUAUUUUGAGAAUGUAUGAGAUGUUCAAAAUGUAUUUGAAGGACGAAGUAGCAUGAAUUCGAAUACCUGAGUUGCCAUGUCUUGUUUUUUUUUUGUUGCUAUGUUGUAAUUAUCAUCCAUAUGUUGUCAUGAUUAUGUAAUAUUGACCAACUACUGAAAAAGGGGCCACUAUCACAAUAAAUACAACUAUUGACAACUAUAA